CUCUCGUUGCUCCCUUUUUUUUUAAUAGUUCUGUAGUUUCGUUGAAGUCUUAAGAAUCCGUUGAUAUUGAAAGAUAUUGUGUGAUAAUAGCCUUCAUAGAUAGACUGUGAAAAUUUCAAAUCGAUUCACCAUUUAGUUUUCCGCAGAUAUAUUCGUCAUUAAAAAUGUCUCAUUUUGUACGCGAUGCCUGUGCCUAACACUUCACUUAAUAUAGAACUUUAUUUACGUUUUUUUUAAGAACGCUAAACAGAUUUUAAAAACCGGUCGUGUAUGCAGUAGUAUUGUGGGAUUGAUAUUUUAAAAAAUGGGAAAUUUUGGACCAUUCAGCUUCGGAGAUAUCGGCUGAUGAACCAACGAAACAAUAUUAAAGCUUUUUUUCUCAAAUGUUCGACCACCGUCUAGAUCGAGUUGGCAUUUUUACACUUUUUCACUUCUUUUGUGACGAAUAAAUAAGAUUUCGGAAAACAGUGACAUUUCGAGGCUCGACGCUAUUCGCUCUGUGCACGUGGGCGGAGCAAAAAAUCUAAUACUACUGGAUUAAUAGUAUUAGUGUAUUCAUGCAUACUGCCAACGCCACCAUAAAGGGGACUCCGGCGUUUUUGGGGGAAUACGUAUACACAAGACACGCUCACUUUCAAAGUAGUAUGUGUACGCGCACGGAGCGAAUAGUAAUACUGGAGAAGGGCGUUGGUACGACGAUUUCGCAACGCCUUAAUCGGCAACACCUUAUUAGCGUUGGAUUUCAUUGUACGCCGCUGCCCAAAAUUUAAGCUCAUUGAAUGGUAAUUUGGAUCAACGAAAAAUGGUCACUUUGAGAAUAAUUUUAUUCGUUAUAAAUCUUUGGACAGUGAGUGUAGAAAUCGGGAAAGCUGACGAUUGUGUGCCACGUGAUUUCGGUUAUGGGAGUAUAGUAUGCGUUUGCAAUUCAACCUACUGCGAUUCAGUCCCACGAAGCGUUCCUGACAAGGGACAAUAUCGGAGCUACGAAUCUAAUAAGGCCGGAAAACGGUUGAGUCAAGUAAUCGGUAAUUUUAUUUCGAAUGCGACUGACAGCAACGAGGUGGAUGCAAUUACGAUAAACAUUAAUGCCGAUAAAAAGUAUCAAACGAUUCUUGGAUUCGGAGGAGCUUUCACUGAUUCGGCUGGCAUAAAUAUUGAGAAAUUGAGUCAACAAUCUCAAAACAAUAUUCUUGAAGCUUAUUUUGGUCAAAAUGGCAGCAGAUACAAUUUGGCUCGCGUGCCAGCAGCGGGUACAGAUUUUUCCACGAGGCCUUAUACGUACGCUGAUAAGAUGGACGAAACAUUGGAAAGUUUUGCUCUUGCACCAGAGGACUUCCGGUACAAAAUUCCUCUCAUGCACAAAGCACUUCUGCUGAAUCCUCAGCUUCGAUUUGUAUCUGCUUCUUGGACCGCACCGCCCUGGAUGAAAACUAACGACCAAUAUAACGGUUUCGGCUUCCUAAAGAAAAAAUAUUAUCAAACGUACGCGGAUUACUUGGUGAAAUUUUUACUCGAGUAUAAAAAACAAGGAUUGAAAAUAUCGGCCAUAUCGACGGGGAACGAGCCCAUGGAUGUUUUGUUUCCAUUUUUCCAUAUAAACUCAAUGGGUUGGACACCGGAUACCGUAGCGGACUGGAUUGCUAAUAAUUUAGGCCCUACGAUCGCUGCUUCUGAAUCUAACGAUACUAUGAUUCUCAUAAUCGACGAUCAAAGAAUCAAUCUCUCCUGGUACGUCGAUGGCAUAUUCAAAAACGAUCUCGCUAAGAAUUAUACGAGCGGAAUCGCUGUACAUUUUUACUGGGACCAAUUCACGACUCCGUUAGUGGACGAUUUCACUCAUGACGAGUAUCCUGAUAAAUUUAUACUCAUGACUGAGGCAUGCGUUGGUACCGGCUCAUCUCAGGCAGUUCAUCUAGGUGAUUGGGAACGCGGAGAAAAAUAUAUUUCGAACAUAAUUGAGAAUCUGAGUCACUGGGUUACCGGUUGGAUGGAAUGGAAUUUGGCUCUGGACAAAGCGGGAGGUCCAAACUGGAUUAUGAACAACGUUGACGCGUCCGUAAUCGUUGAACCCGAAACUGACGAAUUUUACAAACAACCAACUUACUACGCUCUUGCUCAUUUCAGUAAAUUUAUAAGCGAAGGAUCUACGAGAAUCGGGACUACAACGAGCGGUGAAAUAAGUCACUUGAGUUUUCUAACUCCCGACGACGAAAUAGUCGUAGUUCUCUACAAUUCUGACAAUGACACUAGACCUGUCACAAUAAAAGAUCCUGAGCUCGGUUGCAUUUCGAGGAACCUUUCACCGAAGUCGAUACAAACGAUAAUCUACAAAAAAUGAAUGAAAAACGUGGCUCAAAGGAUAUGCUUAUUUAUUGAGAGCGUCGAUCCAUUCGAGUAAUCAACUUCACGACAAUAACGAUCAGUGUUUGUGAUACCGAAAUUGUAUAAAUAACGAAACACUCUGAAAUAAAGAAUACGGGAAACGCA